CAUAACGGACGCGGCGGGUGUCGGCAAUGAGCGCGGACGAGGAUGCACGUUGGCUGGAGUGGGUGACCAAGCAGUUUGAGAGCAUCGCCGGGGACGACAAGGAGAUCGACCUGGAUGAGUUCAAGACGGCUCUCAAAGUCAAAGAGUCUUUCUUCGCCGAGCGCUUCUUUGCGCUCUUCGACUCGGACGGGAGCAGUUCCAUCAGCCUGGAUGAGCUUCUGGAGGCGCUGGACCUUCUCAUCCACGGUAGCGAGACGGACAAGCUUAGGUUCCUCUUCCAGGUCUACGAUGUGGAUGGUGAGUGGCACCACCGAAACCAAAUGGGCCAACGAGAUCGACGUGAAGCCGUUGUUACGUCAUCUGCGACCUUCCACGCAGGGAGCGGUUCUAUCGAUCCGGACGAACUGCGCACGGUUCUGAAGUCGUGCCUGCGCGAGAGCGCCAUCUCUCUGCCGGAGGAGAAACUGGAUGACCUGACGCUGGCACUGUUUGAGUCGGCCGACAAAGACCGCAGCGGCGCCAUCACCUUUGAGGAGCUCAAAGCAGAACUGGAAGACUUCCCAGAGGUGAUGGAGAACCUGACCAUCAGCGCGGCAAACUGGCUCAAACCUCCGGAAGCGGAGCAGAAGAAGCGUCAGACCCCUCGCUACCUGACGUGGGCAUAUUGGCAAAACAACAGUCGCAAGCUCCUGUUCCUGUGCGGCUACGCUUGCCUCAGCCUGGCGCUCUUCGUCGGCGCCGUCCUGCAGCAUCGCCACGGGAGCGCCUGCUACAUGCUGGCCAAAGGAUGCGGACAGUGCCUCAACUUCAACUGCACCUUUGUCAUGGUCUUGAUGCUGCGCCGCUGUCUCACGUGGUUGCGGGCCACCUGGGUGGUCCGGGUUCUGCCGUUGGACCAGAACAUUCUCUUGCAUCAGAUUGUGGGUUACGCCAUCGUCGGAUACACGCUCGUGCACACCACCGCCCACAUCUUCAACUUUGGUAAGGCGCUUGCCAAUACUCAACCUCCAAGCGGUCCGACGCCACCUGUGUGUCUUUUAGCUCAGCUCUCCCAGCAUAGCGGAUUCAGCGUGUGGGAGUACCUGCUGACCACGCGGCCCGGCAUCGGCUGGGUGAAGGGCACGGCCUCUGUGACGGGCGUCGUCCUUCAGGUGGUCAUCUGCCUCAUGGGGCUCUGCUCCAGCACCUUCGUUCGACGCAGUGGACAUUUUGAAGUGUUCUACUGGUCUCACUUGUCCUACGUGUGGGUGUGGUCACUGCUUAUGAUCCAUUGCGCCAACUUCUGGAAGUGGUUUGUCGUUCCGGGUCUGCUCUUCCUGCUGGAGAAGAUCAUCGGAAUCGCCGUGUCCCGUAUGGGAGGUCUGUACAUCGUGGAGGUCAACCUGCUGCCGUCCAAGGUGACUCAUCUGGUCAUCAAGCGUCCACAGUUCUUCCAAUUCAAGCCGGGAGAUUACGUGUACAUCAACAUUCCGGUCAUCGCCAAGUACGAGUGGCACCCGUUCACCAUCAGCAGCGCUCCGGAGCAAGCUGACAGUCUGUGGCUGCACAUCCGCUCCAUGGGCCAGUGGACCAAUCGUCUGUACGAGUAUUUCCGCCAGCCGCAGACUCCGGCGCCGAGUCCCAGGAGGCUGGCGGCGAGCCUGCGGAGCAGACAGAUGAUGAAGACUCAGGAAGAGUCGUUCAGCUCGGCACACGCCGACGCUGCGGUGGCGUCCAACGAGGACAAUGCAGUGGAGCUGAUCAUGUACCGUCACAACGGCUCCCGGAGCGGCGCCGCCUCCCCCGCCGCCGCCAUCUCGCUGCCUCUUCCCGUCCCUUCGGACGAUCCGGGCCCAGCGGAGAGAGGCGAGGCCCCGCCCCCGAGAGAGGUGGAUCAAGUUUCUGCCAAGUUUGGCGAGAAUCACCGCUUCUGCAACAUCAAGUGCUACGUGGACGGACCCUACGGCACGCCCACCAGACAGAUCUUUACGUCCGAGCACGCUGUUCUGAUCGGGGCGGGCAUCGGCAUCACGCCUUUCGCCUCCAUCCUGCAGAGCAUCAUGUACAGGUACCGGCGCAGGAAGCAGAAUUGUCCCAACUGCAACUACUCGUGGUGUGAGAACAUUAAGGAUAGUGAAAUGAAGCUUCGCAAAGUUGACUUCAUCUGGAUCAACCGUGACCAGAAGUCCUUCGAGUGGUUUGUCAGCCUCCUGACCAAACUGGAGAUGGACCAGGCCGAUGGGGAGCCCGAAGGUCGCUUCCUGGAGAUGCACAUGUACAUGACGUCAGCCUUGUGCAAGAACGACAUGAAGGCCAUCGGUCUACAGAUGGCGCUGGACCUUCUAGCCAAGAAGGAGAAGAGAGACUCCAUCACGGGCCUGAGGACGAGAACGCAGCCCGGGCGACCCGAAUGGGCCAAGGUGUUCCAGAAAAUUGCCGAGGAGAACAAAGGAAAAGUUCACGUGUUCUACUGCGGUUCUCCAGCGUUGGCCAAAGUCAUCAAAGCUCAGUGCGAACACUUUGGCUUCAACUUCUACAAGGAACACUUCUGAAAUCAGAGAAGGCGUGGUGCAAGCAUGUCAACCGGGAAUGCUCAUCUCGAUGGUCUUUCUACGGGCCGUCCUGCUCUGCAAACGGAAGGGAACUUUGUCUCUCAAGCUUGAAUAGGACCGCUGCACCCCCCCCCCCCCCCCCCCCCCCCACGGGCAUCUUUACACCCCCUCAAUGGACGACUGCCAACAACAGCGUCAGCUGCUUUUAACAGACGCACACGAACAUCCGUUCAAAUCUACACUGUCUAAGAAUAUAUUAAUAUACGUAUAUUGAUUAGUAUUAUAUUAUUGUAUUAUAUAUUUAGAUGUUAUUUGUAUAUCCGUGGUGUUAGUGAGUCACCCAAAACGAAGGUAUUUAAAUCUAAAUAGAUUCUUCCAUUAAUAUUUAGAUAUUCCAGAAAUAAAUGACGACCAAGCGUGGGUGGCCUUUUGCCUUUUUUUUUUUUUUCCCCACAUAACCUCACAUUUGUAAUUUUGACAUCGGACUUUUAUAAUGUUCGUAAGCGCUGUCAGCUAGUCUUCUUUAAGAAUUAUUUCUGUCGAUCAGAAAUAUUUCAUUGCAUUAAAGGUGGAAGGAUCUAAA